UAUUUAUUACUAAUAAGAAACUGAUUCAAACCUGGGGCAUCAAGUGAUUGCAAUUACAUACUAGGUAAAAGCAACCAAAAAAACAGCAGUGUUUUGGCCCCCCAGGACCAGAGUUGAAUUGCCCUGCUGUACAUCUACUUUGUGAAUGAAUGGAUACUAUUAUUUAUGUAGAGAUCUUUAAGGAAUCAUCUCCUGAAGAAUCAGACCUAUAACAUAAGUCUUACAGAGGGUCAAACCUCAUCAACAUUGCAGGAAUACAUGGAAGAGUAAAAAGAAGUGAAGUAGGAAAAAUUAUAAGUCAACAGUAGAAUAAAAAGAACAAUAGUACAAUGGUGGAGCCCAGAAAACAGCAACCAUCCUCUACAGUGCCCUCUGAAAUAACAUCUAAGAUGUUAGCCGUUGAGAUAUCAGACCUAUCGAAUCAGUAUGACAGAUGUUAGCCGUUGAGAUAUCAGACCUAUAGAAUCAGUCUGACAGAUGUUAGCCGUUGAGAUAUCAGACCUAUAGAAUCAGUAUGACAGAUGUUAGCCGUUGAGAUAUCAGACCUAUUGAAUCAGUAUGACAGAUGUUAGCCGUUGAGAUAUCAGACCUAUAGAAUCAGUCUGACAGAUGUUAGCCGUUGAGAUAUCAGACCUAUAGAAUCAGUAUUACAGAUGUUAGCCGUUGAGAUAUCAGACCUAUAGGAUCAGUCUGACAGAUGUUAGCCGUUGAGAUAUCAGACCUAUAGAAUCAGUCUGACAGAUGUUAGCUGUUGAGAUAUCAGACCUAUAGAAUCAGUCUGACAGAUGUUAGCCAUUGAGAUAUCUGAGCAAUACUAGUUAAUUGACUUCAGGUGUUUCUCAUAUUCAUAAAGUUCAUAUUUAAUCUUAAGAUAAUUGUAUUCCAGUUGCUCAUGGUCUUAAAAAAAUUAGUGCUGAAAUGUUUCUCUGUUUUUUAGAAACUCAACUCUGUUGAGAUUAGCCAAACAUUACGUGAUAAUUGUGGUUUCGCCAAAGCAUCCGAACGAAGGAAUUACGGAAUAUUAAGCAUUAAAUGACCCUAACUUGAAAUUGAUGCAUAAUGAGAGUAAAUGACAAACUGAUAUAUACUGUACAUUUUCCUCUGGGUAUAUAUCGUUACCAGUGUGUAUGAGUGCUCCUACUACGGUAAUGGUUAAAUUGAAGUAUAAAUGGAUGACACACGUUGCGGUUUUGUUGGGUCAGUUCAAAUAUUGUUCCUUGUUCCUGAGGUGUUACAGUAAUAAUGAAUGAAGUGAUAAAACCUAAUAAUACACAUUAUUUUCACAAUGUGAAAAUUGACCUUUUGGAUGGUUUUCAGUGGUUGUUGGUUCAGCCCUGGGCGUCCCAGCGUGUUAAGGGUUCACAGCACAGAGAGUGAAAUAGGGAAAGUGUUCCUUGGGUGCUGGUCCAGGAUUAGGUGGACCUACUUGCAUUCUAACUGAAAAAAUAUAUACUGUAGCUCACCAUACCGGAACUGAACCUGGAUCAGUGCACAGGGGUCACUUGAUUCCAAAAUAUAUUAACCGAGUCCAUAAAGUCAGAGAGGAGGUGAGCGUGGGACUCUCUGAGUUUAUGGAGGUGCAUGACCUCACUUGACCCGGGUUCUAUUCUCACAACAUUUUCUCCCAAUGGAUCCUCCCCUGGGGUACUCACUCCACUCGACUGGUCAAUCGAUUUUGCUGUAAAUCUGCUUCUCUAUGCUUAUGAACUUUCUUUUUCCAUAGAGCUCUUGUCAGAUUCAGAAGAAUUGCCUGAUGAUGAGACACUACCAGGAGGGCAGUCUGAGCUGACCGGGCUAUUCAUAGAGAAGCCAGAGAGCACAACAGUUACCAAAGGAAAGAACGUCACCUUUGUGGCUAAAGUGGACUCGUCUGACCUGCUGAGGAAGCCCAACAUCAAAUGGCUGAAAGGGAAGUGGCUGGACCUGGCCAGUAAAGCCGGCAAACAUGUCCAGUUUAAAGAGGCCUAUGACAGGAACACCAAGGUUUACACCUACCAGAUGAGCAUCAUCAAAGUGGUGGAAGCGGACGCCGGGGGCUACCGCUGUGAGGUCACCUCCAAAGACAAGUGUGACAGCUGUACAUUUGAGGUCACUGUGGAAGCCGUACAAGAGGAGCAGCCCGCCAACAUCUUGGAGGCCUUCAAGCGUUCAGGCAAAAAAGGCGACCAAAGCGGGGGAGAUGCUGGAGAGGAUGCAGGUGACCUGGACUUCAGUGCCCUCCUCAAGAAAAGGGAGAAGAAGGCGAGGGAUGAGCCUAAAGAAGACGUGGAUGUGUGGGAAAUCCUGAAGAAUGCCAAGCCAUGUGACUAUGAGAAGAUCGCCUUUGACUAUGGCAUCACAGACCUCAGGGGCCUGCUCAAAAGACUGAAGAAGAUGAAGAAGGUGGAACCCAAGAAGAGUGACGCCUUUCUGAAGAAGCUGGAGGAGUGCUAUUCUGUGGACAAGGGCAAGAGGGUCCAGAUGCAUGUGGAGCUCCAUGACCCUGAUGUUCAUGUCAAAUGGCUGAAGAACGGUGUGGAGAUCAAACCCUCUGCCAAGUAUGUGUUUGAAAGCGUGGGCAACAAACGGACACUUACCAUCAACAAGUGCAACCUGUCUGACGAUGCUGCCUAUGAGUGUGUGGUGGGGGAGGAGAAAUGCUUCACAGAAGUCUUUGUGAAAGAGCCGCCGGUCACCAUCACCAAGCUGCUGGACGAUGUGCAUGUGGUGGUGGGAGACAGGGUGGAGUUUGAGUGUGAGGUGUCAGAGGAAGGAGCCAAUGUCAAAUGGAUGAAAGACGGAGUUGAGCUGACUAAGGAUGGAAGGUACAGGAUGAAGAAGGACGGGAAGAAACACACUCUAAUCAUCAAUGAAGCCGAAAUUGAGGACAUUGGAAUGUAUUACGUUUGCACCAAUGGGGGGGAAUCCAAAGGAGAACUGGAAGUAGAAGCCAAGGAGUUGGAGGUUCUGCAGAGCAUAGCUGACCUCUCGGUGAAGGCAUCUGAGCAGGCCGUGUUCAAGUGUGAGGUGUCUGAUGAGAAGGUGGUGGGAAAGUGGUUCAAAGAUGGUGUGGAGGUCCAAGCCAGCAAACGCAUCAAGAUGUCACACAUUGGAAGGAUCCACAAGCUGACAAUUGACGAUGUGAAGCCGCAGGAUGAAGGGAACUACACCUUUGUUCCCGAGGGAUACGCACUCAACCUUUCAGCUAAACUCAACUUCAUUGAAAUCAAGAUUGACUACGUUCCGCGUCAAGACCCUCCCAAAAUCCACCUGGACACCAGCGGUACAGGCAACAAGAACACCAUUAUUGUGGUGGCUGGCAACAAGCUCCGCCUUGAUGUGGAAGUGACGGGAGAGCCCGCCCCGUCUGUGUGCUGGAAGAAAGGAGACACUGUGAUUUCAGAGGCAGAGGGCCGAGUCAGGGUGGAGACGAGGAACCUUUUGAGCAGCUUCGUGAUUGAGGGGGCGGAGAGAGCUGACGAGGGCCGGUACACCAUCACAGUGACCAACCCAGCGGGAGAGGACCGGGUGGAGCUCACCGUCCAGAUUGUUGAUGUACCCAACCCUCCGGAAAAUGUCAAGUGCAUGGGAGUUGGCGAGGACACAGCCACCAUAAUGUGGGAUCCUCCCAAUUUUGACGGGGGUUCACCUGUCAGAGGUUACCUGAUGGAGAGGAAGAAGAAGGGUUCCAGCCGAUGGACCAAGCUGAACUUUGAGGUGUUUGAGUCGACCACGUACGAGGCGAAGAAGAUGAUUGAGGGGGUCCUGUAUGAGAUGAGGGUGUUCGCCGUCAACGGGAUUGGCAUGUCCCAGCCCAGCGCCAUCUCCAAACCCUUCAUGCCCAUUGCUCCGACCAGUGAGCCCAUCCGUCUGACUGUGGAGGACGUGACAGACACCACCUGUGCCCUGAAGUGGCUCCCCCCUGAGAGGGUGGGGGCUGGGGGCAUCGACGGGUACAUCAUUGAGUGGUGCAAAGAAGGAGAGGAUAACUGGGUGGCGGCCAAUGAGGAGCCAGUGGAGAGGAACCUGUACCGUGUGAAGGGCCUGCCAACAGGAGAGAAGGUCCUGUUCAGAGUGGUGGCUGUUAACAUGGCUGGACGCAGCCCCCCCUGUGUCAUGAACCAGUCCGUCAACAUCAGAGAGAUCAUGGAACACCCCAAGAUCCGCCUACCUCGCCAGUUGAGAACCAAGUUCAUAAGGAAAGUGGGCGAGAAGGUCAACCUGGUCAUCCCCUUCCAGGGGAAGCCUCGUCCUGUGGUCACCUGGUUCAAGGAUGGUGAGCCGCUGGAGAAUAAGUCGGUUGGCAUUCGCACCAGUGACUUCGACACCAUCCUGUUCAUCCGCACGGCAGAGAGAGACCACUCUGGAACAUACACCCUGUCCGUCCAGAUAGAGAACAUGCAGGACAAGGCUGAUAUACACAUCCAGAUCGUAGACAAGCCUGGUCCUCCUGUAAAUGUGAUGGUGACAGAUGUGUGGGGCUUCAAUGCUGCUCUGGAGUGGAAGCCCCCCAAAGACACGGGCAACACUGACAUCACUGGUUACACCAUCCAGAAGGCUGACAAGAAGACACAGGAGUGGUUUACGGUUUAUGAGCACAACCGCCGGCCCAGCUGCACAGUGUCUGACCUGGUCAUGGGGAAUGAGUACACCUUCCGUGUGUUCGCUGAGAAUAUCUGUGGGCUUAGUGACGAGGUGGCGAUCAGCAAGAACACGGCUGUGAUAGGAAAAUCAGAGCUGCAGUACAACAGACCGCCCUUUAAAGAGAAGGACAUGAGCAGCUCCCCGAAGUUUACGGCUCCCUUAGUGGACAAGUGUGUCCCUGCAGGCUACAGUACUGCCAUCAGCUGUGCUGUCCGGGCCUACCCUAAGGCUAAGAUUGUGUGGAUGAAGAAUAAGAUGAUCAUUGGGGAAGAUCCUAAGUUCCUUAUGCAGAACAACCAGGGUGUGUUGACCCUGAACAUCCGGAAGCCCAGCCAGUUUGACGGGGGCAAGUAUUCCUGCAAGGCCAUCAACGCCCUGGGGGAGGACGAGGUGGAGUGCAGGCUGGAGGUCCGAGUCUUACAGGAGAAGAAAGGAGACGAGGAGAAGAAAUGAGCGACCAAGGAAACAGCGGAGGACACAGUUCUUCCCAGUCAUAACGGAUUAUGUAGAACAGGAUAGACAUGAAUGAAUAUCAUUAGAAUAAAAUACUGGUGAGGUUUUAAACAUGCUAUCUAUCUACCUCUUCCUCUACAAACCUAUUUCUAUAUUUCUCUAGCUUUCUCUCUGCCCUAUAUAUCUAUCCAUCUAUAAUCUAUCUACAGUAACUAUUUCUCUCUCUCUCUACAUCUUCUCCUCUCUCACAUUCUCACCAGUGGCCUGAGAAAUGGAGUACCAUCUGCGUGUUAACUGAAUGAAUUAGAACAGACCGCUUGAUUGAGAGUAGUAAUAGAAGACCUUAAUAAUAGCUGAGUAUUACAGCACAGAGAUGGAUUCCUCUUAUCUGUGACGACGUGAAUCUUGUCAGUGCAACACACAUAAAACAGUCAUUCACCAAAGCAUUGUCAGUGUUGUGUGUGACAUUCUAGACGGGUUUAUCGCUCCUGCUGGGAUUUAUGACGGUAACGCUGCUAGUGAAAGCAUUGCGGCGUGACUGACUACGUGUGUUUUGUGUGCGCACCAUCUUAUCACCGUGUUGGUCGCAUUAAAUAUGUGGAGUAGGCUAGAGCGCUGGGCGUCCUGAGUUACCGGCACACCCAUCAGCCACAGUUUGUUCCCGAUGUGAAACAGCCAGAGCGCGUUGACCCUGGACACCAGGAGGCCCAGCCAGUUGGAUGGAGGCAAGUGCCCCUUUCGAGUGAAGGGUAGGUGGUAGGUAUGAGGUGCAACGAGUGAAGGGCGGACGCUGUCAGACCGUUGCCUCGGCACUGACCUGAACACAGCAGCAGGGCCAGUGGAGGAGAUCACUGUUCAGCCGUGCACGUCCAGCAUGUAUCUUAAGGAUUACUUCUUAGCUACGACCUUACUGUCACACACACACACACACACACCAGACAAGCACACGAAUUAGGGCCUCAUUAGCAUAACACACUGGAGACUAAUUAACGCACCCAUCAACACUGCCCUAAUUAGCUCUCCCACGUCAUUACUGAGCAAACGAAUUACGCUAAUUUACACACCCGCAAAACAAACACAACACCCUCUCUGUUGGGAAAGAGCGCCACACGCGCCUCGCCUUGCAAACAAAAUGAAAGCCCAAACAGACGAGUUGUAGCCCCAACCAGCCAGACCCAUGGCAGAACCCGCUCCUCAACCCUGUUACGACAGAUUUCAAAAAGAUAAGAGCGUAGAGAAUGUUGACAGAAUUUUAUUAAGCGGGCUGAGUUGAGAUUACUUGGUCCAUCUGUGUUUAAUAUGUUACUGCUGCUGAUAUUCUGUAAUGGAUUUAAAUAUAUAUCUGAGAAUAUGUGUUUAAAUGUAUAUCUGACUAUUCCAGAAUAAAGCGUGGGUUACUUACGGACACUUUCAGGGCUGUUGGCUAUUCAACUGACACUGAUUACGGCCUGUAGUACUAUGUUAUACCACUAGAGGGAGUAAGAGUAUAGUGACUGAACCCCUGAUCAGCCCAUUCAUGAUCCUUAACUGACAUCUCAUUAACUACUUUAUUAUCCAUAGCAUCAGGCUUUCAUGGACUCCUUAUAGCAAUGAUAGAAGAUACAGUUAAUUAGUCAUGGCAUAGUCUACGCUACUACUCCUUACUACUUUAUUGACCACUGUAGGCUGUUGACCUACAUAAGGCUCCGCAAUUCAGUGCAAGAACUAUAAUGUUUUGCUGUUACUUUCAUGUAGGAAGUAAAAUUAAGUGAAAGUAAUGAAGAAAACCCUGUGACAUUUAGGGCAUGGUUGUUUUGUUAGUUGUGUGGCUUACAGUACAGGAAAUUGCAUUUUACUUUAAAAUGAAUGCUCUGUAAAAUCCAUGUGUGAUUUCAAGUAGGUGUCUUCAUAGAAAAUAAGGAUUUCAAUUGUAAUACCCAUUUUAUAGCAUCAGAGCAGCCAUAUAAUUAUAUACACAGUUUAGUGAAACACAACUAAAAUGUAAUAUAGAAUUCUUUGUCAUUCAUACUUUCAGAAAUUACUUUCAGUUGCUAAGCAAUCAAAUUAUCCCUGCUUGGAUGAUAUUCAUAUGCUUUCACCUACUGUAUUUUCAUAUGUGUGUAUAUAUAUAUAUGUGUGUGUGUGUGUGUCCUCCAGAAUUAUUGGCACCCUAGGUAAACAUUAACAAGCAUAAGCUGUGAAAGAAAAUCUAUAUUUAUCUGCUUACCCUCAAAAAGUAAGAUUAAUGUAACCUAUAAUUGAGUGAAAAUUGUUUUAAAGAAAAAAUUAUUGUCAUUAAGAAUAUUUAUUUUAAUCAAAAAACAUGCAUGGCAAAAUUAUUGGCACACAGAAAAUCUUAUGAACAAAACAAAUGUAUAUUCUGAUGAAAAUUGUACUUUUUAGAGUUCAUCUGAGUCUCUGGAAACUCUUAAGUGGUCAUCGAUGACAUCCUGCUAGACUGAGUUACAAACAUGAGGUGAAACAUGGGCUAAACUCCCACAGUCAUCAGUCAACAUGGGAAAGCCACAACCUGUCUUGAGGAUGUUUGGAGGCUAAAACUGGGUCAUCACCCAGUGGACAACCAUCCAAAGCAUACCUCCAAAUCCACACAGAAAUGGUUCCCUGACAGAAUGAAGUCUGCUGACCAAAAUUCCAUUGAAAACCUGUGAGGUGAACAGAUGACGAGUCCAAAGGCAAGCGCCAGAAAACGGAAGGAUCUGGAGGGUUUCUGUGUGAAGGAAUGGUUUAAAAUCCCUUCCUGUGUGUUCCCUCACCUCAUAUAACAUUACAUGAGGGAACGCAGAGCUGUUAUCUUGGCAAAAGGUACCGAAUGCAAGGGUGCCAAUAUAUGUCAUGCAUGUUUUUGAAUAAAGUAAUUAUUUCUAUGACACUUUUUCUUUGAACAGUUUUCACUCAGGUAAAGGUUUGAGUAAUGUGAUUCAAAUGCAGAAAUGUAACCUACACAUACUUAACCUUUCUAUUUUUGUCACACACACACACACACACACACACACAAUGACACUGU